CACGAAAACCUCCAGCGAACUACUUCUUGAGCUGACUCUGGAUGAGUUCUCUCGCGGCAGUGCGGAAGUACCAGAGCAGUACUGCGCGAGUCGGUCCACGCUGUGAAGAGAGAGGGGGGCGCGAUACAGACACCCGAACCAACUCCGCUACACUGUACUCGUAUGUGUGGCAUGUGACGGUUAGAGGGCGUCCAGUUACGAGAAGGAACAGGAAAGCAGGUCGUUUGGCUACAAAGAGCUCGACCUGUAGAAGGUGCACGCAGAGCUCUCCGGUGGUUCCCCGGCUCCCGCUGUGACCGAGAUGGAGCGGUUGUGCGGACCAAAGCUUCCCUUCUGGGUAUCCAAUCGGACAUUUAAUUCAAGUUGGCCUGACCUCCCAGAGUGUUUUCAGCUUUCUGUUCUCUCAUGGGUGCAGUGCAUCUAUCUGUGGGCUGUCAGCCCAAUCUACAUCUUCUGUCUCAAGAAGAACAAGAAAGGAUACAUCAUGAUGUCACUUUUGAACAGGUUCAAGACGGCAUUUGGCUUUUUGCUGUGGAUUGUGUGCUGGACAGAUCUUUUCUACACAUUGCACGAGGGCAAUCAGCCGCCCAUCUACUAUGUAACCCCACUCGUGCUUGGCAUGACCAUGCUGUUGGCCACGUUUCUGAUCCAGUUUGAGAGGUUACGCGGGGUCCAGUCCUCGGGGGUCCUCUUCAUCUUUUGGUUGCUGUGUUUGCUGUGUGCCACCGUGCCUUUCCGCUCCAAGAUCCUACAGGCUUCCAGCCAGGGCGAAGUCACAGAUAAGCUGCGGUUCACCACAUUCUACUUCUACUUCAGCAUGGUGGUCUGUGAGUUCAUUCUCUGCUGCUUCAACGAGAAACCUCCUCUCUUCUCCAAUGUUGUCACUGACCCUAAUCCUUGCCCUGAAGCUACAGCAGGUUUUCUCUCAAAGAUCACUUUUUGGUGGUUCACAAGUAUGGCUGUAAAAGGCUACAAAAUGCCCCUGGAGGCCAAAGACCUGUGGUCUCUGAACAAGCGCGAUAGCUCCAAAGUCAUGGUGCCCAGGCUCCUUAAUGAGUGGGAGAAGGAGGAGGCCAAGGCAAAAUUAAGGAUCCAGGUUUGCAGAGGGAAUCUGAAUGAAGAGAGUGUGGCUAGCCAGGCUACGUACGCUAAGCCCCCGCCGUCAACCACCAACCACAUCUCAGGAGGAGGAGGAGAAGGCGAAAGCAGCCCAGAGGAAGUAGAGGUGCUGCUGUCCAGUAAGAAAGUUGCGCACCAGCCAUCCUUCCUUCGCGCCCUCGUCAAGGCCUUUGGACCCUACUUUCUGAUUGGCUCAGGCUACAAGCUCCUGCAGGAUAUCAUCACCUUUGUCAACCCACAGCUCCUGAAGAUGCUGAUCUUGUUCAUUAAAGCAAAAGAUGUUCCUAAUUGGUGGGGGUACACGCUGGCCUGCCUUAUGUUCUUCACGGCCCUGCUGCAAACCCUCAUACUCCACCAUCAAUUUCAGUACUGUUUUGUCACUGGCAUGAAUGUGCGCACUGCUGUCAUCGGAGCUAUCUACAGGAAGGCACUAGUGAUAACUAAUGCAGCCAAGCGUUCAUCUACUGUGGGAGAGAUAGUCAACCUGAUGUCUGUGGAUGCGCAGAGGUUCAUGGAUCUGACCACCUUCCUUAACAUGCUGUGGUCUGCCCCUCUUCAGAUUAUGCUGGCACUAUAUUUCCUCUGGCAGAUCCUCGGUCCAUCUGUGCUUGCUGGGGUGGCUGUUAUGAUCAUGCUGAUCCCUUUUAAUGCAUUUAUCGCUAUGAAGACUCGAGCCUAUCAGGUGGAGCAGAUGCAGCACAAAGAUGCUCGUAUCAAGCUGAUGAACGAGAUCCUGAACGGCAUCAAAGUCCUCAAGCUGUACGCGUGGGAGAACUCCUUCAAAGAAAAGGUCCUGGCCAUUCGGCAAAAGGAGCUUAUCGUGCUACGCAAGACGGCCUACCUCGGAGCACUGUCCACCAUGGCCUGGACCAGUGCGCCUUUCCUGGUUGCCUUGACAACAUUUGCCGUGUAUGUAACUGUGGAUGAAAAAAACAUCCUGGAUGCGGAGACGGCCUUCGUGUCGAUCUCGCUUUUUAACAUCCUUAGGUUUCCCCUCAACAUGCUUCCCCAAGUCAUCAGCAGCCUGGUACAGGCGAGCGUCUCAUUGAAGCGAGUCCAAAAUUUCCUGAGUCAUGAUGAGCUGGAUCCAGAUUCCGUAAACAGGAACAACACAGUCACAGAGUUUGCAGUCACGGUUGUCAAUGGGAAAUUCACGUGGGGCAAAGACGACGCUCCUGUUCUACACAAUAUUAACGUGAUGGUGCCCCAGGGCUCCCUGCUGGCUGUGGUGGGCCAUGUUGGCUGUGGGAAGUCUUCCCUGAUCUCAGCAUUACUGGGUGACAUGGAAAAAGUGGAGGGAGAGGUUUCUGUUCGGGGGUCAGUGGCUUAUGUACCUCAGCAGGCCUGGAUACAGAACGCCACCCUGCGGGACAACAUCCUGUUCGGGAAUCCGUACAAUGAGCAGAAAUACAAUUCUGUCCUGGAAGCGUGCGCCUUAACCCCAGACUUGCAGGUGCUGCCUGGAGGAGACAUGACUGAGAUAGGAGAGAAGGGCAUCAAUCUGUCUGGUGGUCAGAGACAGAGGGUGAGCCUGGCUCGAGCUCUGUACAGUGAUGCUGAUGUCUAUCUGUUGGAUGAUCCGCUGUCCGCGGUGGACGCCCACGUGUCCAAACACAUCUUUGACAACCUGAUCGGCCCAGAAGGGGCUCUGAAGGGCAAGACACGCAUCCUGGUGACACAUGGCAUCAGCUUCCUGCCUCAAGUGGAUAAUAUAAUGGUGAUGGUGGAUGGCCGGGUGUCAGAGAUGGGCUCCUAUCAGGAUCUCCUCAAGCAGAACGGAGCAUUCGCCGAGUUCCUCAGAAAUUAUGCCCUGGAGGAUAUUAUAGAGGAGGAUGAGGCUGGCGAUGAGAUCAUGGAAGAUGACGAAUUGUUCCCCGAUGACGCCCUUAGCAACCACACAGACAUGGUGGACAGUGAACCAAUGAUCAAUGAAGCAAAAAGAAGUUUUAUAAGGCAGAUGAGCAUUAUGUCCUCAGACGGAGAGAACCCCAGGUCCCGUUCAGUAAGGAGACAUGGCUGCAGCCAGCGAAAACAUUCAGAGUCGCAAGACAAGAAGAAACCGCGCGAGAUGGAGAAACUCAUCCAGGCAGAAACGGCAGAAACCGGCCAGGUGAAAGGAAAGGUGUACCUGGAGUACGUCAAGGCAGUCGGACCACUGCUGUCAGUGGUCAUCUGCUUCCUGUACGGCUGUCAGAGCGCUGCCUCCAUCGGAACAAACAUCUGGCUCAGCGAGUGGACCAACGACGCCGUGACGAAUAGCACCACGGAAAAUGUUCAGAUGAGGGUGGGGGUGUACGCGGCACUGGGGUUUGCACAAGGUAUCCUGAUCAUGAUUGCUUCCUUCACAUUAGCCAUGGGGAACAUCGGUGCAGCCAAGAAGCUGCACGUUAACCUGCUCACCAACAAAUUCCACACGCCCCAGUCUUUCUUUGACACCACCCCUAUAGGACGCAUCAUCAACCGCUUCUCCAAGGACAUCUACGUGAUAGAUGAGGCUCUGCCGUCCACUGUGCUCAUGUUCCUGGGCACAUUCUUCGUUUCUCUCUCCACUAUAUUAGUUAUUGUUUCCAGCACACCCAUUUUUGCUGUUGUCAUAGUGCCCCUGGCUGUCAUAUACGUCUUUGUCCAGAGAUUUUACGUUGCCACGUCUCGGCAGCUAAAGCGUCUGGAGUCGGUCAGCCGCUCUCCCAUAUACUCCCAUUUCUCUGAGACCAUCACUGGCUGUAGUGUAAUCCGAGCAUAUGGCAGGCACUCUGCCUUUGUUCUGAUGAGUGAUAUCAAAGUGGAUGAGAACCAAAAGAGUUACUACCCUGGUAUAGUGUCAAACAGGUGGCUCGGAGUGCGAAUUGAGUUCAUUGGAAACUGCAUUGUGUUGUUUGCUGGCCUGUUUGCGGUGACAGGAAAGGACAGUCUUAGUCCCGGUCUCGUGGGUCUGUCGGUGUCCUAUGCUCUACAGGUGACCAUGUCUUUGAACUGGAUGGUGCGGAUGACUUCAGAACUGGAGAACAACAUAGUAGCAGUGGAGAGAGUGAAGGAGUACUCUGAGACCAAGACAGAGGCCCCCUGGGAGGUGGAGGACAAGAAGCCCCCACCUGAAUGGCCCAUGCAGGGGAAUGUGGAGUUCCACGACUACAGCGUUCGGUACCGAGAGGGACUGGACCUCGUUCUGAAGGACAUCACACUAAAAGUCAAGGGAGGAGAGAAGAUCGGUAUCGUGGGUCGUACGGGGGCUGGCAAGUCUUCGAUGACGCUCUGCCUCUUCAGAUUGCUGGAAGCUGCGGGAGGCGAGAUCAGCAUCGACAACGUGAAGAUAUCAGAGAUAGGCCUGCACGACCUGCGGUCUAAACUCACCAUCAUUCCACAGGAGCCUGUGCUGUUCUCUGGGACACUGAGGAUGAACCUGGACCCUUUUGAGAAGUACAGCGAUGAAGAGGUGUGGAAAGCCCUGGAACAUUCUCACCUCCAGAAGUUUGUCAGUAACCAGGCAGCAAAACUGGACCUAGAAUGUUCAGAGGGAGGAGAGAACCUCAGUGUGGGCCAGAGGCAGCUAGUGUGUUUAGCUCGAGCCCUCUUGAGGAAGACCAGGAUCCUCAUCCUGGAUGAAGCUACUGCUGCUAUCGACUUGGAGACAGAUGACCUCAUCCAAUCCACCAUCAGGACUCAGUUUGAAGACUGCACUGUCUUCACCAUUGCACACAGACUCAACACAAUAAUGGAUUAUACAAGAGUGCUGGUGUUGGACAAGGGACGGAUAGCUGAGUUUGAUACUCCUACAAACCUUAUAUCUAAGAGAGGAAUCUUCUACGGCAUGGCUAAAGAUGCAGGACUGGCACAGUAGAACUGCCUUUUUGUCCCGAUGUUGUAAACCGGAGUCUGGAAUUCAGCUCAGUUCACUUCAGUCUGAGUCUGUUUGAAACCUGGCAGUGGAACCGAAGAAUACUUUCUGUGUGCACUUGUUAUCAUUUUCAGGAACCUUAUUGCUCUCUUUGAAUGAAGCCUGAGCUCCUCUGCAGACUUGGGUCAUUUAGCACUUGCAAGUAGUUGCAGCGUCUGUCAAAAACACAUCAGGACAUAAACAAAUGUUUCAGUAGGAAGUUUCUGGCUCUGAUUGUCCUGCAAGUAAAAAAAGCCAUAAGUGCAAAUGUCAUUUGAGCCAAGUCUGCUCUCUAGUGCCUUCUGCCAGUGGGAUAAAGAAAGCCAGUGAAUGUAUCGUUUUCUAAUCGGCUCUCUGCUGCAAAACAAACAACACGACAACAAAAAAAGGAGGAACUUUUUUAAUUUCAUAUUUUCUACAAAGAAGAAUAAUGUGCCACUGUACCUUUCACAUGAGAAAAAAACCUACAUUUUUGUGAUAAACCCACUUAUUUUUGUACUGCACUAUUAUUUAAGCUACUUUUAAAGAAUUGUCUUAUCUAGGGAAGUGUGCUCAGUUACUUAUGUGAUUCUUCUGUGAACCAAAUCUAUAAAAACUUGAAUUAUGUACCACCAAAAUAUGAAAUAUGAAAAUGCCUUUAUAUAUAAAAAAGGAAGAACGAAAUUGUUGUGCUGUCUUUAAAUGGUGCUGGGGUAUAAAACCUUCUGAUUUUUGUUUCUGCUUAUUGAAGUCAUGUUUCCAGAUGGGAUUGUCAUUUGCAUGCCAAAGGGUCAAAUAUGAUAUGACUUUAACAUUUUACAAUCAAGAUAUUUGCUUUUUAUGUUAAAGAGGCUGCUUGGGGUUUAUUUUGUUAUGUCUGAUUUAAAAAAAAAUGCUGCCUUUCAAAAAAUGCUGUUUUUCCACUUGGGUGUGGAACCUUUAUCCUAGAUGGGUUGCUGUGACCUCGUGGAUGCUAAGAGAUUAAUGUGCUCUGUUGUUAGUUUGGGCACAUAACAGGUUUGUUGUAAACUGGUUAUUCUAGCUCAGGUGUGUCAAACAUAAGACCCAAAGUCCAGAGGACUAUAUUAACUAUAUUUUCUUAAGAGCCACCCCAACCCUAUCUGCAGUUUUACCCAUAUAUUUCUUACAAGUCCAAAGAGCCUUUCUGAACUUCUUUCAUUUUCUACAGCAACUUCUCUGUGAUGCAGAAAAACUGAGUUAUAGAGGGCCUUAAUUUGUGCAGCUAAAGUUCUUUACACUAACUGGGAAGGGAAGCUUCACUGGUUGUGGCGACAGUUGUCAUUUGGCGCUAUGGAAAUGAAUAAAUUGGUCCAACCCACUUAAGGUCAAAGUGGGCUGCAUGUGGCUGAGAUGAGUUUGACAUCCCUCCACUAACCCAAUACUGAAACUGAAUGGCUUGUUGGAAGAUUGACUUGUUUUUUGUUUAUCUGAAAAAUGUAUUUAGAAUUACUCAUAUUUUAAGUCCAGACAAUCCUGCUUACCAAGUCUAAAAUGUCACACAUUCAUAUCAAGUGUUCUUGUUGUUGGUUGCAAGUCGUCACAUACUCACAACACUGAAGAACAUUUCAUAACAGAAACACCACAACAACAGAAAAACCUGAAGAAAAUAAAACAUAAUGCAUAUCUGAAAGGUUACCAUCAUCUUUUGGGACAUUUGUCAUAAAGAUUUAAU